AUGGAGCAGAAGACUGUGGUGUCAGAACAAAUGGAAAAAAAUGAGGAUGACAGUGUCCACACAAAAACGAAAUGUAAACAGGGAAACAACCAUACUAGUCAGCAGUGUGUUUUGGAUUUGGGGACAGCUUUUCUUCAGGAAGAGGACACCGGGCCUGAACCCAAACAAAUGACCCUGUUUUUAGUCGACAGAUUGUUUCUGGAAGCACCACAUGUCAAAGCACCUCCUCUUCAAACUGAAGAAAAGUCAGACAGUGAUGGCCCUGAGCAGCCCGAUACCGACAAAAUUAAGCAACUUAGCAUCCGUGACAUAGUUGAGCUUCAGGAGACAGGAUUUUCUGUGAGAAUCCAACCUCCUGGAGUGGACAGCUUUGAGCUUCAGGUGUCUGGUCAGAUGCUUGUUGCAGAGCUACACCAGGUGCUGAUGGACCAUGAGAUCACCUGCCAUCGCACAUGCUUCUCGCUCCAGCUGGGGGGUUCUGUACUCGACAGCCUCACAGAGCUGCGCUGUGUUCAGGGCCUUCAGGACGGUGCUGUAAUCAAGGUGGUGGAGGGUUCUUACUCGAUCCGUGAUGCUCGUCUCCAUCUGAGACACGUCAGAGAUCUACUGCAAAGCCUCGACCCCACAGAUGCGUACAAUGGACUAAACGGCAGCUCCCUGUCUUACUUCAACUUUUUCACUCAAGGAGACAAAGAUUGUGAAAGUGUGGGUAAGGGGCGAGCUUCUGAAAGAGGCUGUACUGACUGCAGCCCACCUGAAUAUGUCCUCCCUGGAUGCAAGGACCGACCUCUUACCCCUCUGCAGCCAAUCAGAGAUGAUUGGAAGCCCUUACAGUGCCUCCGGGUUCUGACCAUGAGCAACUGGAACCCUCCUCCAGGAAACAGGAAGAUGCACGGAGACCUAAUGUACCUCAAUGUCCUGACCAUGGAAGACAAAGAGCUCAACAUCACAUCCUCUACACGUGGUUUUUACAUCAACCAAUCAACUGCCUUCAAUUUCAACCCAAAGCCUGCAGUACCUAGAAGUCUUUGCCACUCUCUGGUAGAGCUUCUCAGCCAGGUCAGCCCUGCCUUCAGGAAAAACUACAGCAUGUUGCAGAAAAAAAGGGUUCAGCAACACCCUUAUGAGAGAAUAGCAACAUCUUUCCAGUUGUUUACCUGGACCGCUCCUCAAGGAGACCACAUCCUGGAUGGAGUUAGAGCAGAGGAGACACACACCAGCCGCAUGGGCCAAGACGAGCACACAGCUGGACAGAGUCGUGACUGGAAUGAGGAGCUGCAGGGAAGCAGAGAACUUCCAAAGGACUCAUUACAGGAGCGUCUGCAUAGAGACAGGAGUAUAUUCAAGACCAACAGCGACUUCGCUUGUGCUGCGACUCGAGGUGCUGUGGCAGUCGUUGACGGUAAUGUUGUGCCAUUAAACCCAGGGGAGGCACCUCACCUGCAAAUGUUCAUCUGGAACAAUAUCUUCUUCAGCCUGGGGUUUGACGUCUCUGAGCACUACAGUCCUCUGGGGGGAAACGCUGCAGCUCAUUCUGCUGCCAUCUGUGACCUGAGAGGAGUGCAGGCAUAUGCAUCUGUUGACAUAAAAGGCCUUCACACACUUGGGACUGCAGUGAUAGACUACCGUGGCAUACGAGUCAUUGCCCAAACAAUAGUUCCUGGACUACUGGAGAAAAAUCAGGAACAGAGUGUCGUCUAUGGCUCUAAUGACUACGGAGAAACAGUUUAUACACACCCCAGAUUUCUGGAGCUUUUGAAUAAAACAUGUCAACCACUGAAAAUCCAGCGUCACCAGGUGCUCGAUCACAACAACAGCCCAGUGGAUUUAUGCUCUGGCAUUGAAACCAAAGGCAUCCUGGGAAAUGAUGGACGACCCUACAUCUUGGACCUGCUGCGGACCACACCCCCAGAUCUUAACAUGCAGAUUUCAGUGACAAAAGAGGUGGAAGAGGAGGUUCCAAAAGUUUGUCAGCAGUUUGGUUACCCGCGGCGAAGUGGUCACAGACUCGCCAGUCUGAGACCAGAGCUGAUAGACGCCUUUAUCCAACACAGCUAUGAACUCUAUGUCAGCAUGGUGUCCAAGGGGCUCAGAGAGCUGGAAAGAUGUCCUGACGGGCAGCAGAUGGCAGCAGAUUCAGCAGAGAAGUCUGAAGAUGAAAACACAGGGCUGAGGGAAGUUGAUUUGCAGAAGAAAAGUGUGAUCAUGGAAGCUUGUAAGGCUGUUGGAUCAGUGACUGAUUCCUGCUUUGACAUCCGCUUCAAUCCAGAUGUUUGCUCCCCAGGUGUCCGCUUCCCCCCUGAGUAUGCUGAGGAGGUUCAGAGGCAGAAACAGUUAUUAUGGGAUGCAGCAGCUUUUCUGUUGUCUAACCAGAUUCCAGCAGUGCUGAAGGACUGUCUGGACUACACAGCGGUGCCAAUGGAUGGGAUGACCUUGACCUCGGUGCUGCAUCAGCGGGGUGUGAACGUACGUUACCUUGGCACUCUGCUGAAGCAGCUGGACAAGGUGGAGGAGAGGGGGAGGCUCAGUCAUGUGCAGAGAAUUUCUAUCAGUGAAGUCAUCAUUAGAAGUGCAAAACACAUCUUCAGGAACUACUUACAGGAUGUGGAACCUGCAGCUUUCUCUGCUGCCGUCAGUCACUUCCUGAACUGCCUCCUGAGUUCCUCCUCCUCUGGUUUUCUCGAGUCCUGCUCUGAUGAGCUUCUCACCCGUCGCAGGAGCCGACGUCGACGAAGUCACGGGAGUCGAGUGGCCUUGUUGACAGACUCUGUUUGGGCUAAACUGACCUCCAGUGAGCUGUGGAGCCGGAUCAGGACUGAGGCAGAAGAUUAUUACCACUGCACCAUACAAAGUGGAAACAUAGAUGAAGUCAUAGAAACUCACAGCCUCCAGAGGAUUUCCCUGUUGAGAGAGAUAUCCAUCAAGACAGGCAUUCAGGUGCAACUGAGGGAGUAUGCGUUUGAGUCUCGACACAGGCCAGUGUUUGCUGAGGAGGACAUUGUCAACAUGUUUCCUGUGGUGAAACAUCUCAAACCAACAACAACAGAUGCCUCGCAGCUUGUUCAACAAGCGCAGGAGGCAGUACAGCAGGGCCUUCUUAAAGAUGGCUUUGAGCUGAUUAGCCAGGCCAUGACUCUUUUCAGCAGCAUUUGCGGUGUCCUACAUGAAGACGUGAGCACUUGUCUGCGUCUCCUGGGACGACUCAGUUACAUCUUGGGUGACUACGCAGAUGCUCUUAGCCACCAGGAAAAGACUGUCAUGAGUAGUGAAAGAGUGCAAGGGAUAGACCACCCACAGACCAUUCAAGACUAUACUCACCUUGCUCUAUACUGUUUUGCUGGAGGCCGUCACUCCACCUCUCUUCAGCUGCUGUAUCGUGCUCGGUACCUGACUCUGCUUGUGUGUGGAGAAGACCAUCCACAGGUCGCACUUCUGGAUAGUAUGUUGGGCCUGGUGCUUCAUGGACUGAUGGAGUAUGAGCUUUCCCAGAAGUUUCUACAAAAUGCCUUAAUUUUAACCUCAAAAUACCAUGGUGCCAUGUCGCUAAAACAUGCUCACAGUCAUCAUCUUCUUGCCACUAUGCUGGAGAGUAAAGGAGAGUUUCGAUCAGCACUGCAACAUGAGAAAGAGGCUUUUUCAAUUUAUAAAAGACAAGUUGGUGACAGCCACGACAAAACAAAGGAAAGCUCAGAGUAUCUAAAGAGUCUCACUCAGCAGGCGGUAAUCCUUCAGAAAGUCAUCAACCAAAUCUACAGUAACACACCUGGUGCCUGUGUCCCACCUCCAAAGUUUACAUCACCAAACCUUGCUACAAUCCUUCAACAACUCAACCUAACCUGUGGGAUCAUUCUCAUUCCUCUCAGUGCUAAAGAAGUGGCAGAUCUGAGGACGGAGUUUCAAGGAAAGGAGAAGGUUCAAGUGGAAGAGCUAGAAAAACAGUUAUUAAAGCAAAGACACUUGAAUUCUGACAACAGUGGGGAACAGCACUGAACUUUGAACUAGGACGGUUACAAUAAACACCUGUGUUCAGUCAGACAUCGACAGACAAUGGGAAAUCACAACCUAGUGGACUGAAUAACGGUUAGCGUAGUUUGGAAAACAACUAUGUCCCCGUAACAGACAGGUGCAGACGUGUAAUUUUGAAAAAAAAUGUGUUGUUUCAGUAAACCUAGUUACAGCCAUUUUAGUUGUCAUCAACAGAUCUUUUUUUUUCUUUUUUUUCAAAUGUGCUCUGAGAAUAAAGAUUUAGAUCACCACUGUGAAGAGGUAAUUCAGUCUGAUUGUGAGAGUAUUAUUUUUCCCUGCAAUUCCCCAUGUGUCCACUGGGCUUCACAGUUGUGCUAUAAACAGUUCAGAGUGGGUGAUCUGCCCGUCGAUCUCUAUGACCUUUAGGUACAUACAGGUCGAUCAUAAUUUAUUACUUUUUCCACACGUGUCCUGAAUUGCUUGGUGGUCGUUGAGAGACAAUAGUAAUUUCAGUUAGUAAUAACCAUACCAGUAUUCUAUGUAGGGUGGAAAUUAGAUAAAUAUUGCCAUUUUUCAGAUGGAUUGUCUGACAAACUGUGAAUGAAUCUUUUUUGUAAAUAUUACUUCUAUAGACGAAAUAAAAGGGUUUUGAAGGUUGAUAAUGAUACAAUAUAUCAUCCAUGUUUUAUCUGUAAUUGGAGACAAGUUCUGUCUUUAAAUUACAUCAACAUUACAUUAUUAAUGAUGUGACCUCUUCAAUAACGAGCGUGUUUAUCGUCAUUUAUCAAACCGAAAAAUACUGAUGACUGCACAUGAUAUUAAACGUCAUGUACUGAACUAA